AUGCUGUCAUCUCCAGUUCUAGUGCUCUCCAUUUUACUGUUGCCUGCCAGCUAUACUACAUGGUACCCUACAGACCUUGACAUUUAUGUGCCUCUUCACACCUUCCAUUACCUUACCUGGUUGUUAAACAACCAUGGCUACUCCUCUGUGUCUGAAGGUGCUGUUAAUCAUUUGACCUAUUCUUACUCAAAGAUUGCCAGCAUCUACACCUUCUCCAAUGGUGUUUGUAUGAUGGAUGUCAUCAUAUCCAAAACCUCUGCAGCAUUCUCUCCUCUUUUCCAGUUUCACUCUACCGCCUUAAUGAAUUUUGUCAGUCAUGACCAGAUCUUCUGUGUGUAUCCAUCCCUCACUCUGCACCAUCUGUCCCUUAUCAAUCCUGGGCUUUUAUAUGCCAACUGCUUCAGUGACAAGCACAUUGAUGCUCUCCAGAAAUAUGUCCUGCAUGGUUUCAAACAUGUCUGUUGUGCCAAUGUGCAUGACAGGGGUGGCUAUUGCAGAUCCAAAUGCCACUCAAUCACUGACACUGAUUGCUUGUGGAUCAACACUCAGUCCCUCCCUCAAGCAUGCACAUUGCUGGGACAUAUUUUCUUGCAGUACAGCAUCGUGAAUGUCAAUUGGCUCCUGGGUGGAAGGGUGUGCAGUUCAGCAGGUGGUUUUCUUUGGCCAUGA